UUUACAUGCAAUGGUUUAUUAAUAUCAUUCAAAUGAGCUCAUGAAAAAAAUUUUAAAACCCCUUUAUUCCUAGUAUGGUAAAUAUUGAUAGGUAUAACCCAAAUACACAAAAUUAUCCUUGGAUAAUUAGUCCUCACUAAAUUGUAAGAUUGUAUAGAUAUCCUGAAAACAAAAUGUUUGAGAAUCACUGGCUCAGCAGUGAGACAAUGUGACAAGACCACUCAGUGCAGGAGAAGUGGGGUCAGGACAAAGUCACAAAUCCUGGGCGCGUCUCUCAGCGUCCCCGCGCGAGGGCGGUGUCUUGGGCGGGAAAGUUCAGUGUUAGGCGGUCCGCAUCUCCCCUGGUUUCACUUCUCACAACCUCUGUCCGGUCCUCCUGCCUGGAUCCUGAUGACGCGACCCCAGUUCGCACUCCCAUUGCGUGUCGGGGUUCCAGAGAAGCCAAUCAGCGUUCCGGUGUUUUCACCGGCCGCGGGGCGACUCAGCUUCUCCCCGGAACAGGUGGUUGCCAGUCAUGCGUCCCCCAACCCUCCUCCUGCUGCUGCUCUCCGGGGCCCCGGCCGUGACCGAGACCUGGGCGGGCUCCCACUCCCUGAGGGUUUUGCUCACUGUCACGUCCCGGCCCGGCCGCGGGGAGCCCCGGUACGUGGAAGUCGGCUACGUGGACGACACGCAGUUCGCGCGGUUCGACAGCGACACUGUCAGUCUGAGGUACGAGCCGCGGGCGCCGUGGAUCGAGCGGGAGGGGCCGGGGUACUGGGACCGGCAGACGCGGGGCUCCAGGAAUUGCGUACAGACUCUCCGAGGGAAGCUGAACGAAGUGCGCGGCUACUACAACCAGAGCGAGGCAGGGUCUCACACCAUCCAGAGAAUGUACGGCUGCGACGUGGGGCCUGAUGGGCGCUUCCUGCGCGGGUACUUUCGUGAGGCCUACGACGGCGCGGAUUACAUCGCCCUGAACGAGGACCUGCGCUCCUGGACCGCGGCGGACACGGCGGCGCAGAUCACCCGCCGCAAGUGGAAGGCGGCCGGUGAGGCGGAGCGGUGGCGAAACUACCUGGAGGGCACCUGCGUGGAGUCCCUGCGCAGGCACCUGGAGCACGGGAAGGAGACGCUGCAGCGCGCAGAACCCCCCGACACACAUGUGACCCGCCACCCCAUCUCUGACCAUGAUGUUACCCUGAGGUGUUGGGCCCUGGGCUUCUACCCUGCGGAGAUCACCCUGACCUGGCACCACGAUGGGGAGGACCUGACCCAGGACACAGAGCUUGUGGAGACCAGGCCUGCAGGAAAUGGGACCUUCCAGAGGUGGGCGGCUGUGAAGGUGCCUCCUGGACAGGAGCAGAGAUACACCUGCCAUGUGCAGCAUGAGGGGCUGCCCGAGCCCAUCACCUUGAGAUGGGAGCUGCCGCCUGAGCCCCCCAUCCCUAUCAUGGGCACCAUUGCUGGCCUGGUUCUCUUUGUGGUCACUGGAGCUGUGGUGGUGGGAGCUUUGAUGUGGAGGAAGAAGCACUAAGGAGGGAAAGGACCAGGCUACUCUCAUGCUGCAGUGUGAACCAGUUGCCUUGUGGGGGACUGAGUGAUGCAAGAUUUGUUCACACUCCCACUUUUUUUUUUUUUCUUUAUUUGACAAAGAGAGAGUGAGAGAGUACAAGCAGAGGGAGCAGUAGUGGGAGAGGAAGAAGCAGACUUCCCGCUGAGC